GCUUGGCGUCAGUGCAGCUACAAUUCCGUUUCUAUUUUGGUUUAAAUGUUAAGAAAACUGUCGUGGAGGGGUCCAACCAGAUAAACUGGCAAGUAGAGAACAUUUCUUGUAUUUUGUACACAGUCUUUAUACGACUCGCGUCAUUGUUCGUCCGUGGGUCAUCUUAAACGCCGCUUUUCUGAGCUAGCCUCUAAAUCAUCAUCGCAGACAAAAGCGACACUGUUGGAUUUCAAACUGAAGAACGUUGGGGAUGAGCCCGUUCAGCUGCACCUCAGAGGAUGCUGCAACUGACACCAGGUGCUUCAUCACAUUGUCUAUACCUUCCUUCUGGAGUUCCCUGCUUCUGACCCCAGUGUCUUUAGUCCCAGCUGACAGAUCCAUACGUCUGCUAGCUGAUGUCCGUGCAUUUUGCUCAGCGGCUGGAGGACGGUUGGAGUUGGAAGUUGGAACCGUAGCGGCAGCAGAGAUGCGGGCUUCUGUGGCAGGCUGCAGGAUGAGUGUGGGUGCGCUCCUAAAUGGACUCUUGGUGUCAAUGCUUGCGGCGCUGCUGUGGAAGUACUCCAGUCUGAGUGAGCAUGCUGCCAGCCUGGAGGAAGAGCUGCACAUGACUCAGCAGUCCCAGGAGAUCUCGCAGGGCCGCAUCGACUAUCAUGUGGCCCUUCAGGCUCUGCAUCAACAUGGCACCCGCAUGGUCUGCACAGGCAAGAUGCACACGGACCGCAUCUGCCGCUUCGACUACCUCUGCUACUCUUCAGAGGCAGAGGAGUUUGUGUUCUUCCACUCAAAUUCCUCUGUCAUGCUGCCAAACCUGGGAUCCAGGCGAUUUCAGCCUGCCCUGCUGGAUCUGUCCUCAGUGGAGGAUCACAACACCCAGUAUUUUAACUUCCUGGAACUCCCCGUCGCUGCGUUGAAGCUCAUGUCCAAGCCGGUGUUCGUCCCGGAUGUGACUCUCAUUUUAAACCGGUUCAAUCCCGACAACCUCAUGCAUGUGUUCCACGACGACUUACUGCCAGCUUUCUAUACCAUGAAGCAGUAUCUGGACCUGGAUGACGAGGCACGGCUGGUGUUCAUGGAAGGAUGGGGUGAAGGUCAGCAUUUUGACCUCUACAGACUGCUCAGCAGCAAACAGCCGCUCCUCAAGGAGCAGCUGAAGAACUUCGGAAAGCUCAUGUGCUUCACCAAGUCUUAUGUCGGCUUGUCCAAGAUGACCACGUGGUACCAGUAUGGAUUUGUCCAGCCACAGGGGCCCAAAGCCAACAUCCUGGUCUCGGGCAAUGAGAUUCGACAGUUUGCAAGAACCCUAAUGUUUAAACUGAAUAUCACUAAGGUCGAUGAGGUGGAAAACGACAGAGUUAGUGCUGAGAAUGAGCCUGAGAAGAAAGAUGAGUACAUCGUUGUGUUCAGUCGCUCCACUACACGACUCAUCCUAAACGAAGCUGAGCUCAUCAUGGCACUGGCACAGGAGUUCAAAAUGAGGGUGUUUUCAGUGUCUCUGGAGGAGCAGUCCUUCCCGAGCAUCGUCCAAGUGGUUAGCGGGGCCUCCAUGUUGGUCAGCAUGCACGGAGCUCAGCUUAUUACCUCACUCUUUCUCCCCAAAGGUGCAACUGUUGUUGAACUUUUCCCCUUUGCUGUCAAUCCCGAGCAGUACACUCCAUAUAAAACCCUUGCCACGCUCCAAGGUAUGGACCUGCACUACGUUUCCUGGAGGAACUCGAAGGAGGAAAACACAGUCACGUAUCCGGACCGGCCGUGGGAACAAGGAGGCAUCGCGCACUUGGAGAAGGCAGAGCAGGAGCGAAUACUCAACAGCAAAGACGUUCCAAGGCACCUGUGCUGCCGCAAUCCAGAGUGGCUUUUCCGAAUCUACCAGGACACAUUGAUAGACAUUCCUUCAUUCCUAGUCGUCCUCAAGGAGGGCCUGAGGACCAAGCCCAGCAUGAAGAAAUCCAGAAUAGCCAACAUGGUUCAUCCAGGUCGCGUCAGGGAAGCUUGGUGUCAAACCUCGGUUCAGACCAGCAGCGAGGCCAAGCUGUUAGUUUCCUGGCAGAUUCCAUGGAACCUGAAAUUCCUAAAAGUCAGAGAGGUCAAGUAUGAAGUCUGGAUUCAGGAACAGGGAGAGAACACCUACAUGCCUUAUAUCCUUCCCCAACAAAACUACACCUUUUCUGAAAACAUCAAGCCUUUCACAACGUACCUGGUGUGGGUCAGGUGUAUCUUCAACAAGAACCUUCUGGGCCCUUUUGCGGACGUCCUGACAUGCAAAACAUAGAUGUGUUUUUGUCGUAGAAGCAGGGCUGUGUCUAUCCCCGACAAUCUUGUGGGAAUGAUGACUGAGGUUUUCUAUCUGUGAAACUGCUGGAGAAUUUUUACUGUUGCAGUGAUGUGUUUUUUGUCCAACCUGCAGAACCAGCUGGAGGAGAAAAAGACUUAGAGCUACUGUAUCCUACAAUUCUGUGUCGGAUCCUGACCUUUUUAAACAGAGUCUAAACCUGCAGAUUUAUUUAUGGGCAAAUUAAUAUAUAACUCAGAUGUAGCGUUAGUAAAGAUAAGUGUGCUGUAUAAUUUCUCAACUCUUUUUCCACCUCCCUAUGAGUCUGUGACUGAGAUUUGAUAUAACUGAGGGACUUGAUAAGACUGGGGACAAAUCCUCACUCUCACAAGGCAUUAAUUCGCGUUCGUCAUACUAUAAAGCAAGAUAAAUUUGAUGCCAAACUUACUGCAAGGGGUAAAUAUUCUAGUAAAAAAUAGUUGUAGCACAGUUGUGCUUCAGUAGUUGGGUGUCAGUUGCCAAUUAAAGUUGUGCUUUGUCAUUCUAUUUUUUGUUGUUUUGACAAAAUGAAACCUAUUAAAUAUCACCGCAUUAAUAUGUGGGCUCUAGACUGGGAUGAUGUUGCACACCAGCAUCUUUUCUUCUCUGUAUCAAGACCUAAUCGUCAAUGUUAGAUCAGCCUCUGAAGUGAAGGGGACAUUUGUUCCCAGACAAGCUGCUCAUCUGGAGAUGAAUACAUUUGUGUUGCCGUUUGUUUCAGACCUGAAAUCGCAGUGCAUGUUUACAUGUACUCUGCCUGCACUGGCGUUUAACCAAGAUUGAAAUUUGAGAAAUGAUCAGAAUGGUGUUGGCCCAGCUGGUGUGCAUUAAAGGAAAGUGGAUCUGUGUUUGGUGCUCUUUUGUUCCCAUAAAUCAGGGGUCACCAACAUGGUACCCCACAGAGACCAAGGGAGCAGACUAUGGGCGAUUGAAAAGAUAACCAUAAUUUAAAUUUUCUUGUAAUAACCAUCUUAUUGUGUUUGAUUUUUUUUCUUUUUUUGUUACACCAUUGGUAAUUAUUGUGAAAACUCGGCACUGAGAUAAGUAAUUCAGAGGAAUAUCAUUAAUCAUCCAUUAUACAUCAGGAUUUCAGAAGUGUGUACUA